AUGAGUUGUCGUCGAGUGCAGUUGCUCCUUUGUCUAAGCUGCCUUUUGUGUGUGGCGCAAGGCGCACAGGUUUACAUGGAGUUCAAUGGCCAGAAGUACGCCUACAAUACGGAUGCAGCUGUCCGAGUAAACGAUCUGUCGCCCAACUAUGAGCUGCCCGGGCAGCAGUCCAAGCACUGGCCUUACGCUAGAGUUCAUCAAUUGCCCGCUAGCGCUUCCCGGAAUCGCAUCGCCCACAGCAAUAGGCAAUGGGAUUGGGAUCAACCUGCACCUCAGCAGCAGCCCCGCGGCAUUGAUUUUAGCACGCAGCACAUGUCGCAUACCCAGCACACGGAUGACUCUGGCAUUGUGCUGGGCAAGUAUUCGUACUACGAUGCCGCUGGCUAUCACGAGCUCAGCUAUAAGGCUGGCGCUGGCAUUGGCUUCGUGGUCAUGGGCGGUAAUUUGGCAAAGCCAACGGAACAAACGCAUGGACAAACAGUUGCCAACCUGCAUAGUUAUUGA